UGCAAAUCUGUCUGAAUGUAUCGGCAAUCGUAAACAGAUUUCUUUGUCUUCGCGCUGAAGUGGGAGUCGUAGCGAUGGAAGAACGAAGUUCAUCGGGGGAAGGAAACGAGGAUCCCUCUCUUCCUCUCUCCUCCCUGCGCCUUUUGGUUCCCCCUCUACGACUGUUCUCUGCAGCCAUGUGGCAAGUGGUGCAGCAGCGAGACAUGAUGCAUUAUGGGAAACUGGAGGAGUUUGUAACUUUGGUGACAGAGGCAAUCCCAGAGCUGCUGAGUUACAGACAGAGCAGCCACCUGAUUCUGGCACUGCGAGCGAGGAGCUCUGAUGUGAAGGUGGAGGUGUCAGAAGCUGAUUUUGUGGAGCUGGUCCAAACCCUGCUGAAAGACCCAGCUGAGAGAGAGCACUUCCUCCAGCUGGGUCCCAGUUGUGACUCAGCUCUGCAAAUGCUGGUGUGGGAGUUCCUCUCCAGACUGGAGCAGAUACUGUCAGUACCAGACCUCAAACAGACUGUAUCAUGGCUCGGUGCUGCCCCCUCUGUCCUGGAGGAGUGUGUGCAGUCUGUCUCUGACCCACAGCAGCUUAAGACCCUACUCCAGCACCACAGAUGUCUUGGACCCCUGGACAGGAAUGAAUCUCUGCCCUCCAUGCACAGCUAUAAUCCGUCAUCACUUUCUCUCACGUCAUUUGUAAAAGUUGUGGAUUCAGCUGAUCUGACUGACUGUGAUAGCCAAUCAGAAUCAGCACUUUGUUCUAAAUACUUAUCGAACUCUGCCUCCUCAGCUAAAGAGAUGAAGACAGAAUCUGUGAUGGACAGCAGAGAUUACACAGGGGUGGAGCUGAGAUCUGGUCUGAACAGAAGUGAAGACAUAGAGGAGAGGAUGGAGAGGAAGACUGGAUAUGGGAUGAGCAGGGAGGAGAUAGACAUACUAUCCAACAUAAAGGAGGAGGAAGAGGAAGAGGAAGGUGGGGAGAAGCAGAGUGAGGAGAUGGAGAAGGAGGAUGUUGUGAGAGAUGAAGAGGACAAGGGACUUUGGAGGGAGGGCCAAAAAGAGAGAGAUGAACAGAGGGAGAGAGAUGAAAGUGAUCCAGCCCUCCAAACUGAAGAGCUGAAGAAUGAAGGAAAAUCAGACUGUAGCCAACAGGAAGGGGAGGGCCUUUCACCUCAGGUCACUUCCUGUCUUCUCAAACAGCCAAGAGUGCUGAUUCGCCGACUUGAGGUCACAGAGAUGUCAGUUCCUGUAUCAUCACUUCCUCAUCUGGUGGUCAGUAAUGGGUAUUGGGGAAUGAGAUCUCCAUGGCAACGGGAUGAGUUUAUACCAUUGAUGGAAGAGGGCUCACUGAGGCAGAACGGACAGGCUAUGAUCCAGAAGAGGGAGAUGAUUGGCAGCUCCAAGAUCCCACUGAAACAGCCCCCAGAUGCAUCAGAGAAAGAGAUCUUGGCUGGAGACCCCUUCAGAUCUUCUGUCAUCUCUCCCAGGAAAGGAGAAACAGGGCAGACAGCUGAGGUGGCGUCUCAGGUCUUUGCCUGCUCCCAGUGCCCAUUCACUCACAUGGAAGAAGUGAACCUUCAGCAGCACAUUGAGAAGGUUCACCCAGAGGAGUACAGCAGGAUUCUGGGAUCUGGAGGAAAUGGAGCAGAGAACCCACUGUCUCCCAGCAGCACCCCACAGAACCCCACACCCCCUAAGACACUCCCCACCCCGACUCAGUCCCACGCAGGCACCCCAGGGGUCCACACAUGCCCCCAGUGUGGGAAGAGUUUCAGAUGUGCAUCAGCCUUGACAACACACCAGCGAAGCCAUACAGGAGAGCGGCCAUACCAUUGCUCCCUGUGUGGGAAGAAUUUCCAUAAUUCAGGUAAUCUGACAAAACACCAAAAAAUUCAUACGGGAGAGCGGCCUUACCACUGCGCCCAGUGUGGGAAGAGCUUCAUUCAGUCAUGUACUCUAAUAGAGCACCAGCGAACUCAUACAGGGGAGCGGCCACACCAGUGUUCCCAGUGUGGGAAGAGUUUUCGUAAUUCAAGUAAUCUGACAAAACAUCAGAAAAUUCAUACAAAAGAGCGUCCUUACCAAUGUUCCCAGUGUGGGAAGAGCUUCAUUGAGUCAAUUGGUCUAAUACGGCACCAGCGAACUCAUACAGGGGAGCGGCCAUACCACUGCUCCCAGUGUGGGAAGAGCUUCAGUCAGUCAUUUACUCUAGUAGAGCACCAGCGAACUCAUACAGGGGAGCGGCCAUACCAAUGCUCCCAGUGUGAUAAGAGCUUCAUUCAGUCAAUUGGUCUAAUACAGCAUCAGCGAACUCAUACAGGGGAGCGGCCAUACCCCUGCUCCCAGUGUGGGAAGAGCUUUCGUCAUUUAGGCAGUCUGAGACAACACCAACGAACUCAUACAGGAGAACGCCCAUACCAAUGCUCCCAGUGUGGGAAGAGCUUCAUUCAGUCAAUUGGUCUAAUACAGCAUCAGCGAACUCACACAGGGGAGCGGCCAUACCCCUGCUCACAGUGUGGGACAAGUUUUCGUCAUUUAGGUAGUCUGAGACAACACCAACGAACUCAUACAGGAGAUUAACCCUAUCAUUGCUCUUAGUGUGGGAAGCAGUUUGGAUGUAAAGCACACAUGACACAACAGCAAAACCAUACAAGGGAGCCCCCUGACCGCUAUUCCUAUUGUGCUAAGAGGCACAGUAUCAUUUUUGAGAAAGCUGGGUCCUAGUGAGGUGAGAGGGAAAAAAGAAAAUGACAUCAGAUGGACUCUGCCUGCAACCUCAUCUAUUUGCCAUAAAUGUGGGACAGCUCCUUCUCACAGCGGGAAGCACUGCCCAGUAGUUGGACAGAUGAGCAAACCAGAGAGCAGAGGUGAGAAUGCAACUCGCUGUGUUUGAAUCAGAAUCAGAAUCGAUCAGAAUCAAAGUUUAUUGUCA